AUUGCCUGCCCAUUGCAGCUAAUCGAGCCCACUUCGCGCUCACACACACCACACACCCCCGCACAGCCCCACAGGCGGGCAGCAAGCGGACCCACAGCCGCAGCACCCCAGCAAGGACAUUCGCCCGAGAUGCUCACCUAGGCAUCCCACUUCCCUCGCUCGCCACCACCACAACGAAGGUGGCAGCUUACCCCCAUUUCCUCAGGAGCUCUGGGGGAAGUAUGAAUUAUUACCAGCUCACUUGAGAGUCCCGGCUUCACCUGUUUUUAAUUACUUCAAUUUCGUCCAAACCUUUAAGCCAGGUUUGAUAGCACUAGUGCUCUAAAUUUUUUUUUUUUUUUUAAAGCUCAGCGUGGCUGAACUGAAGCAGAGACUCCCAAGGGUCGGAGCUGCCGAGGGUGUGCGUGUCUAUGUGUGUGCCUGUGGGUGUGGGAGGCAGAGAGGGAGCGAGGGAGAGACAAAAACUCCAUCAGCCCGGACAAUGCCACAUCUUGUUUAAAGCUUCCAAACUGUUAUUCUUUCCCCCCAUUAUCACGGUACCAAGUAAUCUGUCUUUCCCCCACCCCAACCCCCCUCCCUCCUCUUGGAAGAUAUGGAAGAGGAAGAUAAAGCGGCUGGCUGCUGGCUCUGACGGCGCGCAGCCCGCAUGUCUCCGCCACCACAGCCAGGGCUGCCGAGCGAGCCGCUUGCAGCGGGAUGGGAUGCGACUUCUGCUAAUUGGAUCACAGGUUUAAGUGGUAACUGGCUAUCUUGUUAGCAGAACAGAAAUGAAUAACUCAACGUACAUAAACUCUUCCACUGAAAAUGUGAUGGCUUUGGAGAGCCCCUAUAAAACUGUUGAGGUGGUCUUCAUCGUCCUGGUGGCGGGGUCUCUCAGUCUGGUCACCAUAAUUGGGAACAUCCUGGUCAUGGUGUCGAUCAAAGUCAACAGGCACCUCCAGACUGUGAACAACUAUUUCCUGUUCAGCUUGGCCUGCGCUGACUUGAUCAUCGGCAUCUUUUCAAUGAACCUGUACACCCUCUACACUGUGAUAGGCUACUGGCCCUUGGGGCCUGUGGUGUGUGACCUCUGGCUGGCUCUCGACUACGUGGUCAGCAAUGCCUCUGUAAUGAACCUCCUCAUAAUCAGCUUUGACAGAUACUUUUGUGUUACCAAGCCUCUGACAUAUCCUGUGAAGCGGACCACUAAGAUGGCGGGAAUGAUGAUUGCAGCUGCCUGGGUCCUGUCCUUCAUCCUGUGGGCCCCUGCAAUUCUCUUCUGGCAAUUCAUUGUGGGAGGAAGGACUGUCCCAGAUGGGGACUGCUACAUCCAGUUUUUUUCCAACCCUGCUGUCACUUUUGGUACUGCCAUCGCAGCCUUCUAUUUGCCCGUUAUCAUCAUGACUGUCCUUUACUGGCAAAUCUCUCGAGCCAGUAAGAGUAGGAUAAAGAAGGGGAAAAAGGAAGCUGCCCAAAACCAAGAUACAGUUUCCCCCAGCCUUGUCCAAGGUAAAAUAGUGAAACCAAACAAUAACAACAUCCCGACCAGUGGAGAUGGGUUGGAGCACAGCAAAAUUCAAAAUGGAAAAACCAGUGAGGAGACUGUAACUGAUAACUGUGUUCAAGCGGAGAAAGAGAGCUCCAACGAGUCCACCUCUGUCAGUGUGGUCGCUUCCAACUUGAAAGAGGACGAAGCUACCAAAGAUGCCAGACAGGCUUCUGCCUCCCAAGACCAUCUCAAAGUGGAGAACUCCAAGCUGACGUGCAUCAGGAUAGUCACCAAGUCCCAAAAGGGAGACUGCUGCACCCCUACCAACACCACCGUGGAGAUCGUAGGCACGAAUGGGGAGGAGAAGCAGAACAGUGUAGCCCGGAAAAUAGUCAAGAUGACAAAGCAGCCAGCCAAAAAGAAACCACCCCCCUCUAGAGAGAAAAAAGUGACCAGGACUAUUUUAGCCAUCCUUCUGGCCUUCAUCAUCACCUGGACCCCAUACAAUGUGAUGGUGCUCAUCAACAGCUUCUGCACAUCCUGCAUCCCUAACACUGUAUGGACCAUAGGCUACUGGCUUUGUUACAUCAACAGCACCAUCAACCCUGCUUGUUACGCUCUCUGCAAUGCUACCUUCAAGAAGACCUUUAAGCACCUCCUAAUGUGUCAUUACAAAAAUAUAGGAGCUACAAGGUAAAAAUAAGAAUAAAAAUAAUUAUGGAAAGGGUGAAGAAGUUCCAAAUUAAGUUAAAAAACCCACGAUGCUAUAGCACUUUAUGCUCUUCUAUGGAAUGUGCAAUCCAGGAUGUUUUUGUGGAAAUACUGACAAGGGGCAUCAGCUGUACCCCUGAGAACUACAUUUAAAAACAUUUUUUUAAUAAUUGAAAACAAAUCUCUAGGACAUGGAGAUGUUUGAGAAAUUAUUCAAGGAUGUGAACUGGAGGCACAGUUCCUUAUUUUCUGAGAAUAUUCUGCAGAAGGGCUUUAGAGUCUAUGAUUUUUGGUCAUUCUGUGUAAAAUAGUUGUUCUUCAUUUUUCCUUCUUUUACAAUUUUUUUUUCCUGUGUCUGUUUAACACAUCUUCAUCUGGGGGGAAAAAAAAAAGAAAAAAAAAAGAGGAAUUUUAAUAACUGUGUGGAAGUGGCAUUGGAAUAUAUAAAGAUCAUUGCAUAAUCCAAAGGCAUCAUGGCAGAAAUUUUCUAAAGUUUGAAGUUGUCUAACUGUUUUUUGCCACUGUCAUGUAAGAAGCUUGAUUUGGGUACAUCGUGAUGAAAGUUAUGUUGUUUGUGACGCCACCAUUUCCAAAACUGCACCAAUUCUGCAAGUGUACUUAUGUUCAACACGUAAUCAUUGCCUAACUUGUAUAUCAUUCGAAGUCUGCAGCUUGUCCCAUUCUACAGGCUUUUGUUCUGUGACUACUUCAUCAUGUCAAGAUCAAAAUGAAAAGAUGUGGUCUCCUCCUGAUUGCUGCAUCCCAAGACUACUUCAGCAUCCAUGUAAACCAAAGCUUUUGAGACAAUUUUGUUCACUUUGUUUGUCAUAUAAUAUCAAACUGUGGAUUUGUCUUUUACCUCCAUCAACCUUUUCUUCCUGUUUGUAGCAUACUUGUCCAGGGCACAAAGACUGAAUAUCAAAAGUUGUAAAUUCAAAGGUCUCAUCCAGUCAGCCACAACAGUGGUCAGACAAAGGGUCUCAGCUGAAGAACAGAAAUGAGGUUGUUACUAGGAAAAUGAAGGUUACAUCCUUUUAAAGUAAGAUGUAUCCAUUAAGAGGUAUGUUAAGGCUUCACAGAACGAAUAGUUAAUAUUAGAUGAACAUGCUCUUGACUCAUCAAAAGAUGAUUAUGAUGAAUUUAUUGAGGAAAAUAAAAAGAGUGAUAUAUACCCACAAGUAUAUGUGGGUCCAAGUCCAAGUUCUGCCUAAGAGCUUAGUGUGAGACUAGGAUGCUUUCUGAAAGUAUCCUGGAGAAGAUGUUUACCUUCUGGAAAAGAUGUUGUCUAAAUUACCUUUUGUACCAGCUGGGAGCAAUAUUUUAACUGUAAGCUGAGGGAUAUUAUUAAUAAAAAGGCGGAGAGAAAAACAGUGAUUACACCAAACCAGAUACUGAAAUAGUCUGAAUGGGAGUCUGGCAGUGGUUGAGUUCAAGUAUUUUCUGCUACUCCACACCAGCUCAAAUUUAGAUUCUUUCUGCCUGACAAAGAAUUUACUAUUUCAAUAUUUGAUAUUUACUGUAGCACAAUUGAGUACUGUGUGGACAGGUCAAAGGGUAUCAGACUACUGAAAACAGCAAUUGUCUGUGAGUUAUGCAUAUUACCUCCUUCUUAGUAACAAACUUCCAGGCACUAGUGAAAACAUAUUUACAGAUUUCAUUACUCAAAAAAGCAUAGACAGUGUCCUGAGAGUCUGUCUUCUCCAGUGAAAGCCACCCACCGAAUAGGGCACCAAAUCAUUCUGUUAUUCCAUGCUACCACAUUAAAGUCUUCCAAAAUGCAUUUCAAAACAGCAACCUCCGAGAUUACAGAGAUAUUAAUCUUGCAGAUUUAAGUUUUACGUUUGACAAGCUUAUUGGAACACAGUGUCAAAGCACUUUGGCAAUAUGACAAUUUUCAUGUUUCGUAGUACAAGUUCCCAGCAGAAAGUGAGAAUGAGGAGGAUUAAACUGCAGUAAAUUAAGGCCACGAUAAACUCAGGAUUAAUGUGUCUUAGUAUGCCAUUAUUGAUUUUAUACCUCUAGUGAUUUCAUCCUAGUAUAACUAAGGGUCUCCAUACAGCCAAGGAUCUAAUUUUGCAACCUUCACUUGCCUUGAGUCAUAUUUACUAUCACUAUUUUCAUUGUCCUGUUUGUAAGGAAGAAUAACUCAAUGACAAAGCUUGCUGCUGCCUUUCAGAACUACAUUCACUAGGUUUAUCUUGAGUAGGACAAAGGAAAGACUUAAACUAUCAUUUCUAGGUUAUUAAUUCUUUUACAAUGUUAAAAAAUCCAAAUAAAAAAAAAAAAAAAAAACAAAGAUACAAUGAAAUCUGUUUAAUUUCUAAAUCUGACUUCUUUAGAAAAGUUUCCUAAAAGAAACACACCUCCUUCUUUCUUUCAGCAAGAGCUGUGCAUGUCAACAGUAUGGGAACUCAAAUUGGGAAAUAUUUCUUUGUAUAGCCUUAUUUAAUCUUUUAACUCCAUUUUGCCAGCAGGUGUGCAAAUCGUUAUUUCUCCCAUUUGAAGCUGUCACUUGCUCACAAUUAAUUAAUCUAGCAGCUAAGGACACCUCUACAGGUUAAGAAGUUCAAGAUAAACAUUACAAUUAUAUUUCAUCAUGUGAUGACAUGCAAUACCACAGGAAAAAAAAUAUUUUGGGGCUAGAAUUUGUUAAACAAACAAGCAAAUGAAACCCAUCAGUCUGAAGCUUUCUGACACUUUUAUUUAGCAUGACACCCACUUUUAAACCUAAAAGACAAAAUGCUUUGAUUUGUAUUAUAGUAUAUUUAAAAACUUGCAGGACACACAAUCCUCUGUGUUUCCACCUUGUAACUGUUUCAUGGCACACCCACAUUUGCAGACAACUAAACAAUGUAAAAAUAGAUGGCAGAAUACACCUAUGUAUGUAUGCACAGGCAUGCAAGCACACACCACAACUUAAUUGAUAUACAUGGAAAAUAUCAUCUAAUAUUCAAACUAUUGCAUGGGAUCUUGUUUGUGUGCUCACUGCCAGCUGAUGGGAGGUGCAGAGCCAGCACGUAUUACACUGUCUACCCCCUCCUGAAGGCAGAGAAGAGGCAGAGUAUGCCCUGAGAUACUUGGAACCUCUGGAAUCUUCAUCUGGUUGUGGCUCACUUAAGAUAAAAAUGUGAUAACCGUUCAGAGCCACAAAAUAAUUUGUUCUUUUCAAUAUCCUUUAAGCUCUCAUGUCUUUCCUUUGUGUCCAAACCACGUUCACCAGGUUUCGCUUCCCUUCUGAGUGAUAGUUCUGCGAGAUCUAGAUGUCGGUCUUGAAGAGCAGCUCUCCCUGGGUAACCCCUCCAGCUUCCCUGGCUGUCACCUGCACACCAUUGGCCCCAGGUGCCCUGCUUCAGGAACUGCCACAUCUUCACCUUGGGUUUGGCCAGAACAUUUCAGUGGCACAUCCACACCAUGUGCUGCACUGGUUACUUUUGUUUCACAUAGAAAUUAAGCAAACUGUGCACUUGUUUCAAGAGAAAAAAAAACAACCAACCAACCAAACAAACAAAACACCUGCCACAAAAAGACAACCACCAACAAAAAACAUGCAGUUAGUGCUUCUUGCCCCCUCUUUUUUUUUCCUCUUUGCUAUUUCCAGAAAGAGGUCAAGACUGAAAAGUUCCAAUCAACCCCUGAUAUCAGCCCUGCUGCAGCAGGAUCUGAUUGGCAACACAUGGAUAGUGGCUUUUACUGUCACAGGCCAGCCCUACCUUCACUCUCCAGAAGGAGAACAGCAGCCUGAAGAUGUCAGUCCAGUGGAAAAGAAGGAAAGAAAGGAAAGAAAAGAA